GUGUCCUGCUAUCAACAACAGCGCGGAGGGGGUGUGGGAGUAAACCAGCAGCAAACCAACAAUAGAAGGAAUCGAACCAUUUUCACACACACAAUAAACCCCCUCGCUGGAAACUGUCAUGAACGUGAAGUGGCCCCGGGGCUGGUGACGAGCGGGGCGGCCAUGCUGUCAGACGGAGACUACUGCGGGAGCGCCUCCGGUGCCCGGCGGGCCAGGAAGAGGAGCUCCGGGGAGGGGGACAGCCAGACCGUGCGCUCCUCCGGGAGGCAGACCAACGUGCGGGUGAAGCGAACCAACAACCCGCCACCUGGACAGAGCAAGAGAAAAGCUACAGACACAGAGGAAGAGGACGAUCAGUCUGAGAAGAAGUACAGAAAGUGUGAGAAGGCUGGAUGUUCGGCCACGUACCCCGUGUGUUUCGCGAGUGCAAACGAGAGAUGUGCUAAGAACGGAUACACGUCUCGAUGGUAUCAUCUGUCCUGUGGUGAACACUUCUGCAAUGAAUGCUUCGAUCACUACUACAGGAGCCACAAAGACGGAUAUGAGACCUUUGCAUCGUGGAAGAAGGUGUGGACAAGUAAUGGGAAGAGUGAGCCCAGUCUUAAAGCUUUCAUGGCCGAUCAGCAGCUGCCGUUCUGGGUUCAAUGCACCAAACCAGAGUGUAAGAAGUGGCGUCAGCUGACUAAGGAGAUCCAACUCACUCCUUCCUUAGCAGCAACAUAUCGCUGUGGAAUGAAGUUCAACAACAUUAAGAGUGAAGGACCGGACCAGUGCUCCCAACCAGAGGACCUGAGAGUAGCUGAGGUGACCGACAGCUGGUGGCAUUCAAUGCUGAUUCUGCCGCCACUGUUUAAAGAAAGUCCAGCCAGCCCCUUCCUCGCUGCCUACUACCCCGACUGUGUGGGAAUGAGUCCGUCAGGCUCUCCCAGCAACAUGUCUCGGAACGACCUGAGGGCCGAUCACUGCCGAGCUGUACCGCCACAAAUUCCAGGUCUGUGUCCAUACUUCCAGCCCUUCUAUCAGCCUAAUGAGUGUGGUAAGGCUCUGUGUGUGCGGCCGGACAUGAUGGAGCUGGAUGAGCUUUACGAGUUUCCAGAGUUUUCCCGGGAUCCCACCAUGUACUUGGCCUUGCGUAACCUUAUCCUGGCUUCCUGGCACAAGAACUGCAAGGAGAUGCUGACCUCUCAGAAAUGUGCCCAGCACAUCAUUGUCCGGGGGCUGGUGCGUGUGCGCUGCGUGCAGGAGAUGGACCGGGUGCUCAACUUCAUGACCAGGAAGGGUUUGAUCAACACGGGUUUGCUGGCGGUCAAACAGCCGCUCCUCCCUGAAAGCCAUCGGGCUAAGAACGUUAUCGUCAUCGGUGCCGGAGCCUCAGGACUUGCUGCUGCCCGGCAGCUGCAAAACUUUGGCACUCAGGUGAUGGUGCUGGAGGCGAGGGAGAGAAUCGGAGGUCGAGUGUGGGAUGAUGCGUCUCUGGGCGUCACUGUGGGCCGAGGAGCUCAAAUUGUCAAUGGUUGUGUAAAUAAUCCCAUUGCCCUGAUGUGUGAACAGAUGGGCAUCCAGAUGCACAAGCUGGGGGAGCGGUGUGACCUCUUCCAGGAGGGAGGACAGGUUACUGACUCGGCCAUUGACAAGCGCAUGGACUUCCACUUUAACGCCAUCUUGGACGUGGUGUCAGAGUGGAGGAAGGACAAGUCCCAGAACCAGGACACACCACUGGGAGAAAAAGUCCAGGAGGUGAAGAAGAACUUUCUGCAGGAGUCUGGGAUCCAGUUUAGUGAGUUGGAGGAGAAGGUGCUUCAGUUUCACCUCAGCAACCUGGAGUACGGCUGCGGAAGCAUGUUAGACCAGGUAUCAGCAAGAUCCUGGGAUCACAACGAGUGUUUUGCCCAAUUCUCAGGAGACCACACUUUACUCAAUAAGGGCUACUCUGUCUUACUCCACAAACUGGCCGAGGCCCUGGACGUCCGCACAAAGUGUCCGGUUCAGGCCAUUGACUACUCAGGUGACGUUGUCAGAGUUACAUCCUCCAAUGGCUCCCAGUGGACGGCACAGAAGGUUCUUGUUACAGUCCCAUUGACUUUGCUGCAGAAGAAUUUGAUUCAGUUCAACCCUCCACUUCCUGAGAGGAAACUGAAAGCAAUCCACAGUCUGGGAGCUGGUAUCAUAGAAAAGAUCGCUCUUCAGUUCCCGUACAGAUUCUGGGACAACAAGAUCCAAGGGGCCGAUUACUUUGGUCACAUCCCACCGGCUCCUGACAAGAGAGGCAUGUUCAGCGUCUUCUAUGACAUGGAUCCACAGGGAAAGCAGGCUGUCCUCAUGUCAGUGAUCACUGGGGAUGCCGUCCCUGCUGUUCGGGACCUGGAGGACAAGGCGGUGGUUGAUGAGUGCAUGAAAGUUCUGCGUGAACUUUUCAAGGAACAGGACGUCCCGGAGCCGAUACACUUCUUUGUCACACAUUGGAGCAAAGACAUCUGGUCCCAGAUGUCCUACAGCUUUGUGAAGACAGGCGGCAGUGGAGAGGCCUAUGAUAUCCUUGCUGAAGACAUUCAGGGCAAAGUCUUCUUUGCUGGCGAGGCCACCAACAGACACUUCCCUCAGACUGUGACCGGAGCCUACCUCAGUGGGGUCCGAGAGGCCAGCAAGAUGGCUGCUAUGUAAACUGUCAGCACCAGAUCACUCAACAGCACCAGCAUGGACACACACACGGGUCGCUCACUGACACACAGACCGGUACUCAACUCUGACUGUGUUCCCUUAGUCGCUCCACAUGACGUGAGCACUUCUGUAAUGAAAUGGUUCAAAAUGUUCAUUUGAAGACAUGAGGCUGCAUGAAACAUUGGUUAACUCUCCGUUUUUCUAAUCAUGAAUCGACCUGAAUAAGAUUUAAUCUCCAGGGAUCAAGUUUCAAGAGAUGAUACAGGGAUAUUUAAAAACUAAAUCUUCGUUGAGAGUUGCCUACCAAUGUUUUUUACAACUGUAAUGGAUUCGCAUUGUUUUGCAUGUGAUACAUGUGUUGGUACAAAUGGUUUAGUGAACGGGAUGAAAGGUUAGAUAUUUACUAUUAGUCCUUCUGCGAUAGCACUUUUAUUUAUAGCAUUGAUCUAAUUUGAAAAAAAGAAAUGAAUAGUUCAUGUCCCAAUUAAAUUCCUCUUGUGGUUGAGAAUGAUCAGAAGACACCAGAUCGUCCCCUUACUUACCUUCUCAGGGAUUUGAUCAGGAUUUUAUUACCUAGAGAAAAAUACUAAUGUAUUUGUACAAUUUUGAAUAUCAUUGUUUAAAAAAAGGUCACACAAACAACCAAAGGAGGAAAGUAAAUCCUUCCUAUUUCCCUUGUGUUCGCUCUUGAAUUCAAACUGAACCUUAGUUGUUGUUGGGG